CGAAUAUAGUGGUACAGUCGACAUGCGCGCCAAAGUUUAGUAACAACAAUGGCGUCUAAAGCAGGUCGUCGAGGGACGAAGCGUAAAGCGGAAGUUCAGCCUGAGGAAGAGCAGCCAUCUGUGGAGGAGGAGGAGGACAGAGGAGAGGAGAACAGCCUGGAGGGCCAAAGGGUGGUCAUUGAACACUGUAAAAGCUGACGAGUGUAUGGGCGUAACGCUGAGGAGGUGAAAUCUGCCCUCCUGGCUGCCCGCCCUGAUCUGACGGUGGUCCUCAACCCUGAGAAACCCCGCAGGAACAGCUUUGAGGUCACUCUGCUGGACGGAGGCAAAGAAACGUCUCUGUGGACUGGAAUAAAGAAGGGUCCACCUCGUAAGCUGAAGUUCCCUCAACCCGAUGUUGUAGUUGCUGCUCUACAGGAGGCUCUGAAGGCUGAGUAGAUGCCCAGUGAAGCCAUGCAUUGAGGAGAUGUGGCUGUUGGAAGCAAAAUGAUGAGGAGUGACCAAGGAGAUGUUCUCAGUCCCUCCUCUGAUGAGCCCAGCGCCAACUGCUGGCAUCUGCUGGAUACAUGGUGACACCUAGUGGAGCAUCUUUGAGCCUAUACAUUUGUCAGAUGUACAUUCCUGCUUUUUUCAUGUUUGUUCUCUUGUAUUUCUCAAAGGUUUAUUGUAAAUUUUUAUCUGUUUUGAUCAGUAGUUUUGUAGUUAUUGUGUGGAUGUUUCUUUCCUCUUGCCAAGCAAAUAUUAGUGUCAUGAAGGAUUUGCAUUGAAGUGUGGAGAGGAGUCCUGGAAGGAAUUUUUGAAUAAAGGUAAAAAACAGA